AGUCAUACUGAAAGGAAGUUGUGAGCACUUAAAGUGAAGCGGAAGAGAUAAGUUCUGUGAUGUAAUUUCAUGGUGCUGGAUCAUUUCUAUCGGCGAUACUGAACAAGGCAUAAACAACUUGCAAACUCAAUGGACACCACCAGCAUAUCAGCAAAGAAGGGUUUUGAUUUGACCCGUCCUUUUUGAACAUAUGCUGAUUAAACAGAUUAAAGAAAAAAAUGAUAUUCUUCAUUUAUUGAGCACUGUUCAAGGUUUUGUCAAGAUGGAAUGAUACACGGGAACCGCCGUGAAAUUGAAAUUAAAUAGCCGAGAAGAUGCGUCAGUAUACAAGGGAUAAAUUUAAACUCGUAUUACUUCUUCUUGUGUGCUUGCCAUGUCAGUUUAUUUGCAAAUUCACAACAGAGGAGAAUAAGUUUCAACAAGAGGCAGUACGGACUCAUAAUAUUUUUAGAGCUGUGCAUUUAGCGCCGGCUCUUAAACUUGAUAUAAAACUCACAAAGCAAGCGAAAAAGCUUGCAGAAGAGGCCGCUAAAUUGCAUGGUUUUUACAAUAUAACGACAGGCGAAAAUGUUUACGAGGCGACGUCGACGCACUACAGGGAUAUUUCAGGACGCGAAGUAACAGAAGCUUGGUACCAAGACGUUUGCUUUUCAAACUUUGAUUUUGAGCAUCCUGAAAACUUACUGGCAAGCAGUUUUACUCAGAUUGUUUGGAAAGACACUGCAAAAUUUGGAAUUGCUAAAACGUAUUCGGAAAGAAAAGGGCUGCCGCAGGUUUUUGUUGCUGCAAUCUAUAAAUCGCCGGGCAAUGUUAAAGGAUUUUAUCAUGAAAACAUUUCCAAAGGGAGAUUCAAGAAAUCAUAUUGUGAAAAAGUACAAACAAGGAACAAUAUCGAUCAAGGCACGCAAGUUCUUACCACUUUUGCAUUGAAAGAAAAACUAAACAGAAAUGAUAACAACAAAGUUCCACUUGCAGCUACUGUAGCAAAGAAAAGCUUCCUACAAAAAGACAAAGUCCAUGCUCCAUACCUUACCACAGUUUCUGGAGGUGAGAGCCCCCUUGAAGAAAGAGUGUCACUUAACAGUGAUUAUGAUAUUGAGUCCUUUAAAGACAAUGAAUAUCAAAACUCUCUCAACUCAGAAGACAGUUCUCGAUAUGAAACAGUGGAUCGUCCUUUUGACGUCUUUGGUCCAAAAGAACAUUAUUAUACUGUGCAGCAUGGAAACAAAAAGUUUGAUACCAUUAUCACACAGGCUUUUAGAGCAAAUGGUGUGGAACCAGAGGUCAACAAGAUUGAAGAAAAGAGUGAUCCUGCUUUAGGAAGUGAAUAUGUUAGCUUUCCACAAGACAGUUUGAGAGAGAAUGAAAUUGAAAGGUACUGGGAUUAUGUUCCAAUAAAUAGCAAGCUUGAACUUGGUGGCGUUCACCAAAGUGCAGGCCCAGGCUCAGAGAGAACUGUUGGAAGUCAGCAAGCUGCAGUAAAAGGGGUUCUUGAUGGUAAAAAGUUGAAUAUAUAUGGGGGAAUAGGAAUUCCAGUUGCUGAAGUAAAUAAGCAAUUACAAAAGUUACGAGAUGCCAAAGAAGCAAAUUACAAGGUGAAAGAUAUCAAGUCAAAAGAUGAUGCAGUUGAUUUCAAAGAAAACAGUGACAUCUUGGACCAAAAAGUUGUUGCCCAAAAAGUUACCAUUGAACCAGGAAGCAAAAGACAGUCACCAAAUGUAACAGUGCAUAACAGAUCACCAGGAAACAAUGAGCUUCAGAAGCUGAGAGAAGAUGGUGUUAUGUACGUUAACAGUUUUAGGAAAAUCCACAAUGCACCUAUGUUAAAGCUGGACAGUCAUAUGUCAGCUGAAGCUGAAGAUUGGGCAAAUAUUCUUGCUAGCAGAGGGAAAGUUGAAAGGAAUCCAACAACUGACGAAGCAGAAAAUGUAUUCUAUCGUUGUGGGCAAAAUGAACAUGUAGUCAGAGAUGCUGUUGUAUCUUGGUAUAAAGACAUCUGUGAAAAAGGUUACAAUUUUGAAUCCAACUUGGAUAAUGCAGAUUCAAAUCAAUUCACAAACUUAGUUUGGAAAGGCUCAAGCAAACUUGGACUUGGGGUUGCCAAGAAAGAUAUUUCAAUUGAUAACCUAAACCUUUCAUGUUUCUUCGUCGUGGCAAGAUAUGAUGAUAAUCCUGUUCAUCAUCUCAACACCCACAAAAAGAAUGUGCUGAAAGGCAAGUUCAAUGAGAGUAUAUGCAAGAUCUAGAGGAGCACGCUGAUUCUGGGCUGGCUGAAGAGCAACGGCUAGAGGCUGCAAGGAAAAGCCAAGAGGCAGUGCGCCGCACCG